GCUCAACGUGGUGGGGCUUUAACACAAGCGCUGGCUGUGGGGUGCACGUGCGGGCUUUGGCCAGCGCAGCAAUCAGGGGUUCACUGGAAAAAAAAGUCACUAAAUCGUGUCUUCUCGAGGGCUUUCGACUGCGCUUGGCGAACUCACACUGCUUCUGCUGCCCAACUUUCUCCCCGCCGUCGGUGCAGAGCAAUUGGCCCGGUCCUGCAUGUCCUGGACUGAUCCCCAGCUUCCUGUCGUCCCCCCGAAUUUCGAUCCGUGCAGUUCCAAGUCAUGGCCGAAACUACCCCUGCCGCCGCCCCCGCGGCCAGGCCCACGAAGCCUGACGAGGCCGCUUACAAGAGCAGCCUCGAAAAGGCCGAUAAGGAGCAUGCUGCCGUCAUGGCCGAAUACAACGCCAUCAAGGCCAAGAUCGACAUCGCACAGCCGAACAAGAACAAGGAUUCCCCGAACCCGACCCAGAAGCGCCGUCAGGAGCUGAUUGCCCAGGCCAACGAGAUCCGCCAGAAGCAGGGCGCCGGCAAGAGCGCCCGCACCACCAAGCAGGACCAGAUCAAGCGCCUAGACGAGCAGCUCAGGAGCCGCAUUGCCGAGCAGAAGACGGCGCGUGGCAAGGUCGGCUUCAAGAGCGCCGAGGAUGUCGACCACGAGAUCGCCCGGCUGGAGAAGCAGAUCGACGGCGGCAUGAUGAAGCUGGUCGACGAGAAGAAGGCCAUCGCCGAGGUUUCCAGCCUCCGGAAGCAGCGCAAGAAUUUUGCCCAGUUCGACGCUCAGCAGAAGGAGAUGGACGAUCUGCGCGCCAAGAUCAAGGCCAUCAAGGACACCAUGGAGGACCCGGAGCAGAAGGCGCUCAGCGAGCAAUACAACAAGAUCCAGGCCGAGAUCGACGCCAUCAAGGCCGAGCAGGACGAGGCGUACAAGGGCCUGUCGAGCCUGCGCGACGAGCGGACGAGGCUGCAGAACGAGCAGCGCGAGAAGUUUGACGCCAUCCGCAAGAUCAAGGACGAAUACUACCAGCAGAAGAAGGCCUUCUCCGACUACGAGUGGGAGGCCAAGCAGAAGGCCAGGGAGCGGAGGAAGGCCGAGGACGCACGGAGGGCUCAGGAUGCCAAGAAGGAGCGGGCCCAAAGGAUGCUUGCCGAGGCCAGCGAUCCUGCCUACCUCGAGGAGAUCCGCCGCGCCAACAGCCUGAUUCACUUCUUCGACCCCUCGCACCAGGUCGCCGAGAAGGCGCCCCUCCUCGCUGCCAGCGGCAUGACCGCCCAGGCUACCCGCAAGGUCGACGACUCGGCCCUGAAGGGCACCCGCCUGGUUCGUAAGGAGGACCGCGAGGAGGACUACGCACCAGCUGUCAAGAAGGGCAAGAAGGGCAAGAAGGGCGGCGCUGCGGCCGCCGGCUCGGACGCCCCUGUUGCCUCAAAGUUCAGCUGUCCCCCGUCGGUGAUGGAGGACUGCGCCUUUAUGGGUAUUGACCCGCCCAUGAGCGCCGCCGACGUCCCGGCUGUGAUCGAGAAGGCUAAGGCCAAGCUGGACCACUGGAAAUCUGACCAGGCCGUUCAAACCCAACGUAACGUCGACAAGGCCAAGAAGGAGAUUGAGAAGAUCGAGGCUGAGGAGGCCGCGGGACAGGGCGGCUCCAACGGCGCUAACGCCAAGGGCGAGGACAAGGCCAUCACUGAAGCCACCUGGGACCUGAAGGAAGCCAAUAUUGAGGACAAGGCCAUCACUGAAGUCACCUCGGACCUGAAGGAAGCCAGCAUUGAGGACAAGGGUGAAGAGGGCAAGGCGUAAAUCCCGCCGCUGGCGUCUCACCGGGACGAUUUCCAAGCCCGAUGGCACAAACUCACCAUUCAUCUGACGUUUCUGGGGUGGAAAAAUGGGGGGACGAUUUCUUAACAUAUAUAACGCGAUUUGCAUAUCAUCAGGAACUAAAAGGGCUGAUUACGGAGAGCUUCUGCUCUGGGGGGAGGGGCUGGGACAGUGGGGUAUAUCAUAUUUGGCGAUUUUGGCACUCCUCGACUUUGUUCCUUUACGCAGCUACCGUCGGUUUUAGGGCUCGAAAACACAUAUAUACAAUAAUAGCAAACGCCGGUGGCGCUUUCGCUUGCCUGUCAUGA